AAUCUGUUUUGGCCCCACCUCUUACUCAUUCUAAUUUCUGUAUCGGCAGGCAAUAAAUAAAUAAAUAAAUAAAUAAAUAAAAAACAAAUUUUCCUGAGGACCUUGCUCAAGACAGUUCUGGAUAUGGAACUUGCCCAGGAAAAGAAAAUCAUUUUCAGCAUAAUUUGCUAGCAUUAUGGUAGUUUAAUGUUGACACAUAGUGUAUUGUCCCAGGAAUUUUCUCUCACUGGAUUGAUAAAUCCAGCCAGGCAGCCAUCCAGUAAACAAUUUUUUACAAAAAUCACCAUGCUUACCACUGGGAGGGGGUGAGGGUGUUUAUUUUGGUAUAUACAGUGAUGUACAGAUUUAAGUUGCAUUUAGCAGAUUGCUAGGUAUUCCAGCACCAUUUACCAAGUGAACUUUCAUUUCCCCAUUAUCUGGGAAGACGUCCUUGAUUUCCUACAAAUAUUGAAUGUAGAACUUAUUUGUGCAUACCAGGCUCUGCCUUUGGGCUUUCUAUUCUGUCCCAGAGACCCAGUACCAGAAUAUUUAAAUCACUGUGUCGUUAACCACGUUUUAAUAUCUGAUAGGGCCAGUUUCUGCGCAUUGCACAUUUUUUUUUUUUCCCUUUCAGGAACGUGUUCAGGCCCGCGGCAGGGGGCGGGGUCGCGCCUCCUCCGUGGCUCUGGUUCCAGUGGAGCCUCACCGACGCGGAGAUGGAAAGCCCGAGGCUGCUCCCGCCUCGAGGGACACGACAGAGCGGCGGUGCUGGCAGCCCCGCGGGCGCCAGCCGGUUCCACGGCGGCCCUGACCCGCGGGCUGGCCAGGUCCCCGCGCGCCGCCUCCUGCUGCUCCGGGGCCCCCAAGAUGGCGGGCCCGGGAGGCGGCACGAGGAGGCCCGAGCGGCCUCACGGGGCCUGGGCCCGAGCCCGUUGGCGCCGAGGUCGGAUCACGCUGGCGGCGGCGGCGGCGGCGACAGCGAUGACUUCUUCCUGGUGUUGCUGGACCCGGCGGGUGGCGAUGUGGAGACCACGGGCGCCGGCCAGGCCGCAGGGCCUGUAUGGAGGGAGGAGGCCGAGUCGGUCCCACAGCUCCAGCAGGGUGAGAAUGGCGCGAAUCCCGCGGGCCGCCAGGCGCUAGGCCCCCGCUGCCUGUCCGCAGUCCCCGCCCCAUCCCCGGCUGAAAACCCGAUCCCCGCCCCAGGCCUGGGACCCGCCGCGGCCUUCACGGGCACCGUCACCAUCCACAACCAAAACCUGCUGUUGCGCUUCGAGAACGGUGUCCUCACCCUGGCCACGCCCCCGCCGCCAGCCUGGGAGCCUGGGGUCGCGCCUGCCCCUCAGCCUGGGGGUCUGAUGGCUCCGCAAGCGGGGGUCCCGCACGCCGCGCAGCCCAGCGACUGCCCGGAGCUGCCGCCCGACCUCCUGCUGGCGGAGCCGGCAGAACCGGCGCCCGCCCCCGCGCCUGAGGAGGAGGCAGAGGGCCGAGCCGCAGCCGAGAGUCCCCGCAGGCCGCUGGGCCCAGGCCCGGGCGUGGUGCUGUACCUGUGUCCCGAGGCGCAGUGCGGACAAACCUUCGCCAAGAAGCACCAGCUGAAGGUGCACCUGCUGACUCACAGCAGCAGCCAGGGCCAGCGGCCCUUCAAGUGCCCCCUGGGCGGCUGUGGCUGGACUUUCACCACCUCUUACAAGCUCAAGAGGCACCUGCAGUCGCACGACAAACUGCGGCCCUUUGGCUGCCCUGCGGAGGGCUGUGGCAAGAGCUUCACCACGGUGUAUAACCUCAAGGCGCACAUGAAGGGCCAUGAGCAGGAGAACUCGUUCAAAUGCGAGGUGUGCGAGGAGAGCUUCCCCACUCAGGCCAAACUCAGCGCCCACCAGCGCAGCCAUUUCGAGCCUGAGAGGCCGUACCAGUGCGCGUUUUCUGGCUGCAAGAAGACGUUUAUCACAGUGAGUGCCCUGUUUUCCCAUAACCGUGCCCAUUUCAGGGAACAGGAACUCUUUUCCUGCUCUUUUCCUGGCUGCAGCAAACAGUACGACAAGGCUUGUCGCCUGAAAAUUCACCUGCGGAGCCACACCGGUGAGAGACCUUUCCUUUGUGACUUUGACGGCUGUGGCUGGAACUUCACCAGCAUGUCCAAACUCUUAAGGCACAAAAGGAAGCACGAGGAUGACCGGAGGUUCAUGUGCCCUGUGGAAGGCUGUGGGAAAUCUUUCACAAGGGCUGAGCAUCUGAAAGGCCACAGCAUAACCCACCUGGGCACAAAGCCUUUUGUGUGCCCUGUGGAAGGCUGCUGUGCCAGGUUCUCUGCUCGCAGUAGUCUCUACAUUCACUCCAAGAAACACUUGCAGGACGUGGACACUUGGAAAAGCCGUUGCCCAGUCUCUACUUGUAAUAAACUCUUCACAUCCAAGCACAGCAUGAAGACCCACAUGACCAAAAGGCACAACCUCGGCCAGGAUCUCUUAGCUCAGCUAGAAGCUGCGAAUUCUCUUACGCCCAGCAGUGAACUUACCAGCCAGGGACAGAGUGAUCUCAGUGAUGCAGAGCUAGUGUCUCUCUUCUCUGAUGUGCCUGGCAGUAGUUCUGCUGCAGUGUUGGACACAGCAUUGGUGAACUCUGGAAUCUUGACUAUUGAUGUGGCUUCUGUGAGUUCAACUCUGGCAGGGAGCCUCCCUGCUAAUAAUAAUAAUUCCUUAGGGCAGGCUGUGGACCCUCGGGCCUUGAUGGCCACCAGUGACCUUCCUCAAAGUCUGGAUACCUCUCUCUUUUUUGGAACGACAGCCUCUGGUUUUCAGCAGAGUCCCUUAGAUAUGGAUGAUGUCCCAAGUCUAAGUGUGGGGCCAUUGGCAUCUCUGGGCUCUUUGACUAUGAAAAACUCAAGUCAAGAGCCCCAAGCUUUGACCCCCAGCAGUAAGCUAACAGUGGACACGGAUGCUCUGACUCCUUCAAGCACCCUUUGUGAAAACAGUGUCUCAGAACUACUGCCGCCAACCAAAGCAGAAUGGAAUGUACAUCCUGACUCUGACUUCUUUGGACAGGAGGAAGAAACCCAGUUUGGAUUCUCCUCCAAUCCAGCAGGAAACCAUGGUUCUCAGAAAGAAACAGAUCUUAUCACAGUGACUGGCAGCUCAUUUUUGGUAUGAACUAUUAAUUCCUUGCCACGUGGCUUAUUCUUAUGAAUUACACUCAAUUUUUAGGCUAGUCUGGACUAAAUGUUUAAUUUAUAAUCUUGACUCUGGAACUGUCAAGUUGUGUGACCCUGAGCAAGUCACUUAACCUAUCUGAGCCUUAAUUUCUUUAUUUAUAAAAUGAGGUGGUUUCAGUAGAUUAUUUCUAAGGUCUUUUAACUCUGUAUUUAAUGAUUUUGUGCUCUUUCUUGAAAAUUUUAGGAAAUCUUACCAUGAUUAACUAUUGCAUGUGCUUCUAAUGUAAUGAAAAUGCAUUGAGAGUUAAUGAUCAGAGAAUGUGGAACUGGUGUUUAACUCUAAAAUUUUAAUGGAAAUUUUACAGAAUGUCAAAAUAUUUCUGAAAUCUAGUGUUAGAGCUUAAAAAAAGAAAGCUAAAAAUAUGGGUUAGUUCUGCUUACCUCCUUAUCUUUCUAGCUGCUGCUGCUGCUGCUGCUUCUGCUGCUGCUGCUGCUGCUGCUGCUGCUUCUUCUUCUUCUUCUUCUUCUUCUUCUUCUUCUUCUUCUUCUUCUUCUUCUUCUUCUUCUUCUUUUCAUUGAAGGCUGUGUUGUGGAACGUGCCAGAGCUUUGAUAUGACUCAGACCCAGAAAUAUUGAUUUGGUGGUGAAUAAGUGGCCUUAUAUAAGUCAUUUAGCAUCAGUAAGCCUCAGUUUACUUGGUGCAUUGUAAACUUAUUUUUCUAUCCUAGGAGUUAGUUUUGGGCAUAGAAUGUUAUGUGUUUUGGCAUGUUUUAGUGAAUUUUUAUCACCUCUCCUGCUCCUCUCAUUCCUUCCUCAAAGAGGAGAAAUCAGUAUAAUUAAAUAUGACAUUUGUGCAGGCAAAAAGGUUUAUGAACGUUAAGAAGCAGGAAGGGAAUAUCUUUCUUCCACAAAUUAAGAAGGAUUUUUCUCCAUACAAUUCGUCUGUAACAUUGCCCCCAGGUCCAUCAGUCCGAAUUAUAUUAUCUUUGCUCUGCAUUCAAAGCCAGCCCAUAGAGUGAAUAUAUAGAGCCUGUGAUUCCAAGAAAAUCUGAGAACGGAUCAGAGUGACAUUUUCACCCUCUGUGUCCCAGAGAGCUCAUUGCUUGCCUUCUCCCUGAGUUGGAAUGAGAGGUUUCAUUUGCAUUUUGAGUAAAUAUUGUUUGUCUUACAUGAAUAUAGCAUUUUAUAGUUUAUGUAGCACUUUCACAACUUAUAUUUGAGCCUCACAGUAUUGUGAGAUAGUUGUGGCAAAGUUUUAACUAUAACUUAUAUUAAAAACUAAAAUUUACCUAACUCACAUUAUAAAUGAAUUUUAUAUUUAUUAUAUAUAUACAUAUAUAUAUCAAUUUCCAUUUUAUUCUUCUGAGUUUCAUGAUUGCUUUUGUUUAUAACCACUUUUUCUGUUCCACUGUAAUUGAUGUUUUUUCCCUUCUGCCUGCUCUGCUCUUUCUCCAACCAGUUCUCUAACUUGUGUGUAUCAAUGUCAUGAUCUCUUCUUUUUAAAUUUUAAUUAGGUCAUUUUCAUGGUCACCAUCUCUCAGCCAUUCCCAUCAUGGCCCAUUUUUUAGUCACAGUAUUUACUGCAAGUCUGAGUAUGCAGUACAAAAUUAUUUUCUGGAUUUAGAUGUCAGUGUGUUUCCAUAUAAAUAAAAUGAUAAUGGGGAUAUUUUUAUGUAAGGUUUUCAUAAGACAUGUUCUUUUACUUUUCUAAUUUUUUUCACCAUGUUGUUCUGCUAGCAAACACUCUUAGUUGCUCUGAAACAUUCUAACCCAUUACUGCUUGCAUGUAGAUGUUUGUGGAUGACAGAGCACUUUGGUAGUGCACUUUAUAAUUUGCCACUUUGAAAUGCAACUGUACUAUCUGGUUUUUAAAUUGGUUGUGCUCAUUCAGUGAAAAAGCAAGAGGUAUAUACAUAAAUUUGUAACUCAAAAGAGUGGUCAGAGUAUGAUUGUUUCUAACCAUUUAACAGUUCUCUCUCAGCACUUUGGAAAAAUUUUAAGCCCAUUUUGGAAAUGUGUUGUCAUUAGUUAAGUCCUCUUAAAUAGAUUUUUUUUUCUUUUCCUACAGAUAGGAAUAUGAGGCCUGAGGUAAACAUGCAGGUUAUAGGCAUCUGUUAAUAUAUAUAACCAUAAAUUAUUUCACUUUGUUUCUUUAAUCCCUCAAUCUUUUGCCCUACCAUUAGAGCUAUUAUAUUCUGUGGAAUUUUCCUUUUUUUUAAAGAUUUUAUUUAUUUGAGAGAGAACAAGUAGUGGGGAGGGGCAGAGGGAGAGAGAGAGAAAAAAACAAGAGAGAGAGAGAGGGAGAGGAGCAGACUUCCUGCUGAGCAGGAAGCCCAACACCAGGCUCCAUCCCAGGACCUGGAGAUCAUGACCUGAGCUGAAGGCAGAUGCUUAACCCACUGAGCCACCAGGAGCCCCUAUGUGGAAUUUUCAAUGGACAAAUUUUACUUCUUGAAGCUAAAAUAUCUUGUAAUUUUUUGUGGUCUCACAGUUUCUUUCAAUCAAUUUGUUCAAAAAAUUUCUUUUUCAAUACCAUUUUCCCAGUAUGAUGGUGGAAAUGGCGUGACAUUAUAGUCAGAAGUGACUACAAACAUAAUGGCUACAUUUCUGUUAGUGUUGGCAUAAAUAUGCCAUUUUAAAAAAAAUAAUGGGACAUGACUCAAUGUUUUCUCAUUUGCCUCACAAUGCCUCUUAAAUCCUUGGUUUAUGAAGAUUUUGCCAAUUGAAAACAGUAACAAAAUGCUUUGCAGAAAGGUUUGCAUCCAGGGAACUCUGUUGAACAUAUUCAUCAUGAGUUAAAAUAUGUUAAUCUUUUUUUUACCAUUAUUUCAUUAUAGUAUUGCAUAAUUCAAAGUCUUUAAUAGAAGUGAAACUUGAUAGAAUAUGAGGAUCACUUUUCUUUGUGGAUUAAAAGAAGACUUGGUAUAACAGGGUAUUCAUGACUAUUCUUUGAUUCCAGAUAAAACAUUGAUUAACUCCCUUUUUGGGAAUACUCAUAAUCCCUUAGUAAUUAUUGAUACCAAACAGAUACACUUGAUGAUAAUCUAGAUGUAAUUCACUCAAAAUAUGUGCUAAUUAAAAUAUAAGGCUGAACUGAAAUUUGUGUAUAUAUUGCUUUUGAACAAAAGAUUUUCUUGGCAAUUAAAAAAAAAUGUGUUGGGGACUUAGAGAACAGAUUAUCUAAACUCUUUGUCAGAACACAACGACAUCUAAGAGCAAAACACAUACUACAAAUGAAUUUUUAUAUUUGUCAGAUCUGGGCCUUUGGUAACAGUUAAGCUACGAACCUCACAGUAUAUUUCAAGUUAAUUUACUGACUACAUAAAAAAUACAAGGUAGAGUACUAGGAAUAUAGAUAAGAGUAGUAAAAUGUAAGCCAUAUCUCAAUUUUGGAAAGGACAUAGGAAUUCACAUAUUAAAUAUUUCACAACUAAACAAUACCAGGACACAUGAUUUCAGACACCAAGUUAAUGGCUUGGAGGAAAAGGAGGGGCAGUAUCUAUGCUUUAAUGGAUGGUUAGAUUUAGUUAUGUUGAAAAGAGAGUAGAUGAAUUCUAGCCAGGGAGAAAAGCACAAGAAAGAUUUGAAAUGGAAUAGGCCACACAACACUGGGAAAGACAAUCUAGUUCAGGGCUCAUGUUUGGUAAGUUCUGGGUGUUAGGGUUAGACUGCCAGUAUGGAGCCUAACUCUAAAGAGCUAUGAAAAUCAGUCAUAGUGGAUAGGACUUUAUUAUGGGCAUGGUUAAGACCCAGUGAAGAUAUUUAAGAAAGGAAAUCAAGUGAUAAAUAAAUAGAAAGUUUAAUAUAGUAGAAAUAUAUAAUGUAGAUUUGAUGGGGGGGAGAUAAAAUCAUUUAGGAGUCUAUUGUAAAAUAAUUUCAGGGUGCUGUGAUGAGGACCUGAAGAGAAAUCAUGGCAGGAAGUGAGAUUAAUUACAGAUAUUCCCAAACUGAGGAAAAAAAUAUAACUUGGUGACUCAUUGAAUAUAUGAGACACCCAUCAGAAAAAGAAAGCAAGAUGGGGUGCUUGGGUGUCUCAGUUGGUUAACUGACUGACUCUUGAUUUUGUUCAGGUCAGAUCUCAGUGUCAUGAGAUCGAGCCCCACGUCAGGUUCCAUGUGCUCAGCAGGGAGUCUGCUGGAGAUUUUCUCUCUCCCUCUCCAUCUACCCUCCUCCCUGCUUGCACUCUCUCACUCUCUAAAAUAAAUAAAUCUUAGAAAGCAAGAUCAGAAAUGACUAGGGAUUUCUUGGAGACUGUAAAAAAUUACAUUUCAUUAUCAUGAACAAGAAGGGUAUUGAAAUCUUUUCAGGAGUAUCUAUGGAAAGAUGAUUAAGGCAUGUUUAAUUCAUUAGGAAGUGAUAAAUUAUAGUUACCUACUCUACUGUAAACUAUACAUAUUGUGGAUUAUACCAUAAUCUCUUCCCUCCUUUGGAUAUUCCACAGAUGCUUUAUGGUUUUUAGUAAUAUAAUAAAUCAUUUCUCUAUAAUUUGGGAGAUGCUGUUUAGUCAUCCAUAUCAAUAUUUCCUCAAUAUAAACCUUGUUAGAUUAAGUUUUACCUGCAUUUUUCUCAGACUGGAAGAGACAGGACUAGGAUUGUCUAAAACUAACUUCCAUGUGAUCUUUGGGGCUCUUUCCUAAUAACCCCCUAUGUCAUUGACUCAUACGGUAUGAGAACUCAGUCACAGGAUAACAUCCUCUAUUAUCCCAAAAUAUUUUGUCCUUUUUAUUGUUACCCUUACCACUAUUGGUGAUAACUCAGAAGGAAUGGAGUCCAAAGAAAAAGUGAUAUUAAGUAAGUUAUAUUUUAAAAUAUUUCCAUCAUAAAAUAGUUUCCUAUCACAUUGUUCACAUUUUGUUGGAUUUCUUUCUUCCGUGUUUUUUGUUUUCAACAGAAGCAAAUAUUAAUAAAGGUGAAUAAGGAGAGAAUGAAUAAGACAUUUAAAAACUAGUUGAAAUAAUCCUAACCAUGGAGGGUAGUCAGUGAUUCUUAAGACCACUAGUAAGAUGUGAAUCCCUUGGGAAUAUCUCUUGUUACUACCUUAUUAAGCAGCUGACAAUUACUGAGUCCUUACUCUGUGUGAAACACUAUAAAUUAUAACACAAAAGUAUAUUUAAUCAGUUCACUUAAACAAGUACUUUUGAGCACAUAUUUGACAAGUUCUGUCUUUGUGCUCAUACACAUUAAGAUAUAGACAAAGAAAUCAUUAGGUAAUCAAAAUAAUAUAUAAUCAAGUUCUAAAUGUUUACAUUUUGGAAUAAUACAGAUUUAAAUAGAAUAGCAGUUGCCAUUCUCAGAAUGUGGAUUAUAGCAAUAAGGAAAAACUCAAAGCACAUAUCAUCAAAAAGUGUUUCAAAAAAUUUGAAGAAUCUAAAAUUUAAUCUGGGAUGCAGCAAUUAGGGUAAACUAUCCUAAAUUAAAAUUUGCACAGAACUUUGAAUGGUAGUUUAAAUAAUCACAGCAAAAUCCUUUGGGAAAUAAAUUUUAAAUUUUGCUUUAAGUUAUUCUAGAUUAGAAUUCUGGAUAUAGUCAGUGUUCAUCAAUGUACACAUACACAUAUCUGAAAGUGAUAUCUUGAAAUUGUAUAUUUUCAAAUGAAUUAGCAUGCAAAUAAAUGGCAUUAAGCUAAAUAAAAUUUCCUCAUAUUAGACGCAAAAGAAAACUUAAUUUUCUGAAAAAAAACACAGACUUUAAUUAGAAAGUAAUUAUUUCAUGCAAGUACACUAGUUGAAAAGAAGGGUAUUUAAAUUUAAUAUGAUAUUUAGGACUGAGAACUGGAAUUCUGCAUGGAGAAUCCUGAGAAUUCACCAAUCAUGUGGUAAGUGCCAGGGUAAUCAUCAAGCAAGCAUUUAAGAUUCUGAAUUAAAUAUAGGUAGCUUAAUACAUUUGGAAAGGGGAACAAAGUGCACCAUGGCAAAAUAAAACUCUAGUGACAAGCAACAGUUUUCAAGAUGCAAAAUAACUACAAAUGAUAGCAAAAACAAAGACAUUUCAACUCUUCAAGCAUUCUAAUUUUGGGAUAAAACCAAGAAAUUAUUAAUCUUUAUCAGGACCUAUUUCCCUUUCCUGUUUAUGCUGCAGUCAGUGUGAGACUACAUUACACUGGAUGUGGAAGAAAGUAGCUGGUCACAUGUCUGUUUAUGAGGAAAUCAGCCAAAAUAGAGAGCUGAAAUGGAAAUUCCACAGGCAAUGACUCAGUUAAUAGAGCAGCAGUUUAUUCUAGGCUAGUUCCAAUUUUAGAUUAUGUGCUACUGGAUGGAGUGAGUACUUUUUCCUCUCAAUUCAUGUUGGCAUUCUAGUUAAUACUAUAUUUAGCACUUGGUGUUUCUAAGAAAUUUAAUAUUUUUCCCUGUAAAAUUACCUUAUGUUCCUGUGCUUCUUAGAGCUAAUUAUUUUAUUUUUAAUUAUCAAUAGUAUCAAUAAAAAUUGUAUCAGAUGCCAUGACAUAAGAGAAAAAGAUGUCAUAGAUUUUUUUAUUGUCUCACUUUUCAAAGUGUUGAUUAAGUAAAACUUAUUUUUCUCUUUUUGUUAUUAGAGGACUCACUUUCCCACUUGGGUAUGUCACUGUUGUUUAUGUAAUCUUGCUGAUUAAUCUUACGUAUUUUAGAGCAUGUUAUAGUCCAUUUUUAGAAGACUGUCUACAACACUGAGUUUUUAGAUGAGACCCUAAAAAUUUGGUUGACUUAUAUUUUAUUCAAUUUUUAUAGUAGGCAUUGGAUAGUCCUUUUCACUGCUUAAAUCUACUGAGUAUUGUAAAAACUCACUGCUCACAGGAUUUUUUUGCAAAGUGACCCUGAUUGUCCUUCAAGACUUCAGAUCUCUUUGGGGACAAAAAGUCCUCAAAGAUAAAGUGGUACCUGGAUUUACAAAAAAUCAUUGAGGAUUCUUCCAAAAAAUGGAAAUAAGAAAAUAAAAUUGAAACAACAGAGAAAGAAGUUAAUUUUGUUUUAUAGCCAAGUGUUUGGUUUUUCCUAAGUGUCUUUGGUUGACAACAUCUGGAUAAAAGCACAAUGGCAAUUUUGAAACACGCCUAGUAUUUUCCAAUUACAGUUAGUAAUAUAAAAAUUUCAAAUAGAUGUUAUUACAACAUUGGUCAUCUAUCUGAUACCAUCUGGCUUUCAGAAGUUUCAUGAAGAUAGUAAAAAGUAAAAAGUUUUCCAAAUUUAGGCCUAUGAAAUGCCAAAAUGUGCUCAAAAUAGAUGUCAUUGAUUAUUUAAAAUGGCAGAUAAUUUGGUAGUUGGUGUUUUUAACUAUUUCUACUUCAAAUAUCCUUUAAAGUAGAUUCUUAGUUUUUAGGGUGUUCAGUUUUGUAAAUUUUUCUUAUAUAUUUUGAAUACUAACCCUUUAUCAGAUACAUCAUUUGCAAAUAUCUUCUC